UGAUACACAUCACUCUCCUUUCUUCAGAUCUUUGGCCUAUUUUUUUCCUUCUGGCCCUCCCCCCUCCAUGAGCUUCAGAAGAACCCCACAUUCUUUCACAUCUUCAUCAUCAUUUUCUUCUAAAAAUGGUAACAAUCUUUCAUCUCUACUUCAACAAUCCAUUAAUAAGAAUCAAAAACAAAGCAUACCCAAUUCAUAUAAACUCCCAAAUAUUCAAAAAAUUCAAUCUUUUUCAAAAGAGAAUGCAUUAAGUUAUUUUAAUGACAUGAUUAAUUUACACCCAGUUCCCCCAAUUUCUUCAUUUAAUCACUUACUAAAUUGUUUAUCUAAAUCCAGAAACCAUAAAGUUUCAAUCUUUUUGUAUAAAAAGAUGAUAAUAAGCAAUACCCAUGUUCCCAUUUUCCCUAAUUUAAUUUCUUACAAUAUUAUUAUUAAUUGUUAUUGUGAAGUUAAAGAAUUAGGUUUUGCAUUUGGGGUUUUGGGACUAAUUUUGAAAAGGGGUUUUGUUCCUAGUAUUGUUACUUAUAGUUAUUUAAUUAAAGGGUUGUUUUCAAAAAACAAGAUUCUUGAAGGUGUUAAUUUGUUUAAAAAGAUGAUUGCUUUAGGUGUUAGGCCUAAUGUUACGACUUAUGGGACUUUGAUUAGUGAGUUAUGUAAGGCUGGUCAUGUCGAAAACGCGGUUAAGUUUCAUGAAGAUGUUAUGAGUGGUGAGAUUGGUUUAGAAUUUGUUUGUAAACCGAAUUCGGUUUGUUAUAGUAUAUUGAUUGAUAGUCUUUGUAAAGAUGGAUAUGUAAGUAAAGCGAAAGAGCUUUUUAAUGAGAUGAGGAGUAGGAGGAUAUCCCCGGACGUUGUUGCAUAUACUUCUUUGAUUCGUGGUCUGGUUUUUUUAGAUUUAAGUGAGGCUACACGUCUUUUUGUUGAGAUGAUUGACGACGUGAUUAGUCCUAGUUUGAGCACGUUUAAUCUUUUAGUAAGCGUGCUUUGUGAAAAAGGACUGUUAAAUGAAGCAAGUGUGUUGUUUGAUUUGAUGGUACAAAGAGGUGAAAAACUUGAUUGUUUGUGUUAUAACACGUUAAUGAAUGGUUUUUGUUUGGAAGGAAGGAUUGAUGAGGCAAAAGAUUUGUGCAUUCUAAUGGUGAAUAAAGGUAUAGAACCCGAUGUUGAAACUCACAAUGUGCUUAUUAAUGGGUAUGUCAAAAUUAGGAGACCUGAAGAAGCUAUAUGGAUAUAUAAGCAAAUGAUUCGUGAAAAUGUUAAGCCUACUAUUGUUACCUACAACACUUUAUUAACGGGUGUUCUUCAAAAAGGCGAUGUUGUGAGUGCGCAGAAGUUAUUUGAUGAUAUGCCGCUUCAUGAUCUUACUCCAAGUGUUUGUACGUAUAACAUUUUAUUAAAUGGGCUUUGUAAAAAUGAAUGUGUUUUACAGGCCCUAGACUUACUUAGAACUUUAGAAAACAACAGGAUUGAAUUGGGUAUUAGAGCUUAUAAUUCAGUUAUUGAUGGGUUAUGUAAAGAAGGAAGAAUGGUGACUGCCUGGGAUGUAUACUCGAAAUUGUCUUCUAAAGGCUUAAAACCAACUGUGGUAACUUACACGAUUAUGAUACAUGGUUUUUGCAAAAAGGGUCAGUUUAAGCAGGCAGAUGAUUUGUUUUAUGAAAUGAUGGAGAACGGUUGUGCUCCAAAUGCAGUAACGUUUAAUGCAUAUGUGCGAAAAAGUUCGGCUCAUGAUAUGGCACCCAAAAUGAUUGAGCUACUUAAGAAAAUGGUGGAAAAUAAAGUCACCCCUGAUGCAUCCACGGUCUCGUUGGUGGUCGAUUUUCUAUCAGCAGACGAGAAAUAUAGAAACUAUCUAAAUAUGCUGGGCUAAUCACGACAAUAUUGUCAAUUGUCAUAUUAUAUACUCAUGAAUGGAUUGUAAGAAGAUAAACCUUUUCAAGAAGAAAAGCAAACAGAUAAAGUUAUUACUGAAAACUGUCACUCUCACACGUUUGAUUUGAGUAAAUGUAAAGCCGGUUUUCUAUUCAUGCAGGCUGCACAUGGAGCAGCCCAGGAAAUGGAGCAGCGGCAUCAGGGUAUAUGAAGGUGAGAAAUCAGGAAUGGAGCAGCAGCAGGCUAUGUGGUAUAUCAAAGUGGCUGGAAGUGCUGUGCUGAUGCUAUUAAUGCUGUUAUGAAGAUUUAAUUCGGAUCUGUGCUCUAAACCCUAUGAUAUGGGUCAGAUUUCUAAUUAUCUUCAAGAUAAUGAUCGAUACACAUGAAAGUGUUCUCAAGUUUGCUUCAAAGGAAGCAGUAUGGUUUUGCUUAUGAGGUCAAACUGAUCCGUAUUUGACUGAAGUUACAAGCUCUAAACCAAGUUUUCAACAAUGGUGGUGGUGCCAUACAUGAAAGUUUUGACGUAAUCAAUUUUUUUUCCAGCUAACUAAUCAUUCUUUUAAAGAUGUAGAAAACAAUAUCUAAUGUGUAAAAUUUUCUGCUGCACAUCCAAGUAUAUCUCAUAUACUUGUAUAUAUAUAAUUUUUUUGAACGGCA